CACCUCACCGCACACUGUCUGUCACCCCGCUGCUCUUUCCUCUUCCCGCCGCCAGGACAAGGUUGGGUGCGUCUCUGCAGAGUGACACUACUCCUCUUCCGCUCUCCUGCGCGUGUGUCUCUGCCUUCCCCCUUUAACUCGCUCAUCCCCAUCCCAAGGCGAGGUGCGAAAUUCUCCUUUGCAUUCUCCCUAUCUCUAAACCGCAAAGGAGCAACCUACGACCCCCUCAUCAUCUUCUACGGGUAGGCGCCCACCACUCCACUCCAUCAAGACACACAAAGAGUAACCCCUGCCACCCUCGCUCGACAAGCCACACCCAUCAUGGCUUCCACUGGAGGAAGUAAUCCAACUCAGAGUGGUUCGGUAACCACCGUACUACUCUCCUUGGCCAUCAAUGCCGGUAUCGCUGCUGCUGAAAUCGGUGUGUUUAUGCUCAUCAGGCCAAGGUUCCCUAGAAUCUAUCGCCCCAAGUCCUUCCUCGGUCCCAAGGAGGAGCGAGUCGAUGCCCUGCCAGAUGGACUCUUCAGCUGGAUAGUGCCCUUCUUCAAACGCCCCACAAAGGCGAUCAUCGAUUCCAACGGCCUCGAUGCUUACAUGUUCGUCAGCUACCUGGAGAUGAUGAUCUGGAUCCUCGGCCCCAUCUUCAUCUUCACUUGGGUGCUUCUGCUCCCAAUCUACGCCGUAAACACACCCGGCGGCGAAUCUGGCUUCAACCUGCUCACCUUUGGGCAGCUUGCUCAGGGAAAUGCAAUUCAGUCUAGGAAGUACGUCGCCCCGCUCAUCGUACAAUACAUUGUCACUGGGUGGAUCUGCUUCGUCAUCCGCAAGUGGAUGCUCAACUUCAUCAAGCUGCGUCAGGACUUCCUCGUCAGCCCACACCACGCAAACCACCCUCAGGCCCGUACCCUCUUGGUUACUGGAGUGCCCAAUGAGUACCUCGGCGAGCAGAAGCUGCGCGGUCUGUACAGCCACCUGCCUGGUGGAGUGGAGCGAGUCUGGCUCAACAGGGACCUCAAGGACCUCCCGGACGUCUACGACGAGCGACAGAAGCUCCUCAACAAGCUCGAGUCGGUCGAAUCGAAGAUCAUCGCCACUGCCUACAAAAAGGUCAAGAAGAACAAGGUGGCAGAGGGAGGCGUUGAGGCAGAUGACCCAGUGGACCGAUACCUGACCAAGAAGGAGAGGCCCACGAUGAAGGCCGGAGCCAAGCUUGGCUUCUUUGGCGGCAAGAAGGUCGAUGCUGUUACUCACCUGCGCUCCGAGAUUGAGCGACUGACCCAGGAGAUUAAUGCCCGCCGUGGCGAAGAAAAGGACUACAAGCCAGCCAACGCCGCCUUCCUCCUCUUCAAGACCCAGGUCGGAUGCCACAUGGCAAUGGGCAUGGUACCCCACCACGAGCCUUACAAGAUGUCCCGACGAUACAUCGAGGCCCACCCAAACGCCGUCGUCUGGAGCAAUCUGAGCAUGAACCCUUACGCUCAAAAGAUCCGCACAGCGCUCUUCUGGGCUCUGACGAUUGUUUUCAUCCUCGUCUGGCUGCCUCUGAUCGCCUUCACCGCCAUUGUGUCGAACUUGAGUGGUCUCUGUACCGAAGUCUCUUGGUUGGCCUGGAUCUGCACUAUCCCGACUGCGGUCACCGGUAUCAUUCAGGGUUUCCUGCCCACAGUAUUGCUCGCUGUGCUCAACAUGCUUUUGCCGAUCAUCCUGCGAAUCUUUGCUCGUCAAUCUGGUCUGCCUACCACUACCGACAUUGAGCUGUCGCUGAUGGACCGCAUGACUUGGUUCAACUUGAUCGACAAUUUCCUCCUCUUCACCAUCAUCUCUGGUGUUUCUGGAGGUAUCUCGAUGAUCGUUCCUAUCCUUGAGAACCCUACUGGCCUUCCCGCACUGAUCUCGCUAUACAUUCCCAAGGCCAACACCUUCUACAUUUCGUACAUCAUCUUGCAGGCCCUGUCAGGUACUGCUGGUGGUCUCCUGCAAAUUGCCAAGCUGGUCAUCUACUACAUCAAGACGAUGUUCCUUGGCAGCACUCCUCGCAAGGUGUGGCACAUCAACAAUGACCUGACCUCGCCUGCUUGGGGUACGCUCUUCGCCUCUACGACCUUGACCACCAUCAUCACCUUUGGUUACGCCGUCCUUGCUCCGCUGAUCAAUGGAUUUGCCUUUGUGGCCUUCAUUUUCUUCUGGGUCCUCUACAAGUAUCUGGCAACUUACGUCUGGGACAUGAAGCCCGAGAACGAGACUUCUGGUCUGUUCUUUGUCAAGGCAGUCCGAGCCUCGCUUUACGGUCUCUACGUGUCUCAGUUGAUCCUCACCGUCCUCUUCUUCACGGCCCAGGCUACAAAUGCCAAUGGCACCACAAGUCAGACUGCCAUCCCCGAAGGAGUGUUCAUGGUCAUCCUCAUGGUUAUCACGGUCGGCUUCCAGAUCAUCCUCUUUGACUCGGUUGGAGACCUGACUACUGCCUUGCCUCUCAGCCUGGUCGCACCUGCCACUGGCAACUCGAGCAACUUCGAUGGCGAGACUGUCAAUGGCCACCGCCAGUCCUCGUCCGGCGAGAAGCAGCGUCUGCUUGCUGCCAAUGCCCUGGGCCCCAAUGGCCAGAACCGCCAGAACGUGCAGCCUGGAUACGAAGAGUCUGGCUCGUACCAGAUGAAGCCCUUCCAGAACGGCCAGCAGACUGGUGCUCAGGACGGUGGUCAAUACACUGGUUCUACCAACAUGGCCAAGGUCAACUCUGCUUCCAGUGGCGAGGACGAGGAUUCGAGUGCUCAGCACUUUGUACACCCGGCCAUGAGGGACUCUCAGAGGACCCUGUGGUACCCCCAGGACCGCUUUGGUCUCUCUGGCGAGGCCGUUGCCCGCGCAAGGGAGCAUGGACUGGAUGCUACCGACAAGGGCACCAGCUUCAAUGAGAAGAACAAGAUCCAGACGGACAUGUACUGCCCGCCUGGUGAAGAGCUCCUCUAAAGCGAAUAACGCAGUCCUGCGAUCUCCCUCGCAAAUGGACUGGGCUCGCUAUAGGACUUGACGUCUUUGAACGAUGAAUGAUAGAAAAGCCAACGCACACCCGCAUUGCGCACCUGCAUGCGUUGACGUUGGGCUUGCGUAUUUGCUCUUGCUUAGUACCCCAAAGGUGGGGCGGAGGAGUAGUGCGUUGCGAGAAGAAGCGACGCCUAGGAGUCAUCUGCUUUCUCUCCCAAUAGUCCCUGCCUUUUGCUUUCCCACCCUUACUCCCCCCCCUCCCCCCCGUUGAUUUCCCCCCACCUACACCCUCCUUCCCACAUGUCCCGGUAUAUCUUGUGCCUUUGUUGCAUCUAUCCCCCCCUCCCACUCUGUGUCUUUUGCAGUACCAAGUUGCUCGUAUCCAUCUAGUCUUGCU